CUCUACGCUCGCUGUGCCCAGCCCCUCGCGCUUCCCUCCCCCCCCGCCAACGGUCACCUCCCUCUCGCGCUUGCUCUGCCCAGCCCCUCGCGCUGCUCCCCCACCUUUUUCUCUGCCAGUUGCUACCUCGGUGCCUCCUCAGCCCCACUCCCAGGGAGCCUUCUUUCCAAAAUGCCCCCCAAGACACGCACGCCUCGGCCGCCUCGCCCUAUUUUUCCCUCACGCACAUAAUCCUCCCCUUUCCUGUUACCCCCAACCCCCCACCCCACCCCCGGCCAAUAUAAUGCCCCUUAUCCAUAUUGGCUCCUUGCUCCUCAGGCCGGUAUCCCAGGGGUUGCCACCCCGCACCAGUUUGAACUUGGCCACCCAUGCUCAAAAGGUGCUUCCUUCUUAUUUUCCGGUCCCCGGUAUCUGCUUACCCUCAAGCGCAUGCACUUACAGUAGGAGGUGGCUAUGGACUACCUUCUGGUGCCAACAGAGUCAUACUCAGAAUCCUCUGCAGGUUGGGACUGAAAUCCAGUCAAGGUUUUUUGCUGCUCAGGGCUGUAGUCAGAGUCCCUUCCAGACUGCCACCACAACUGCUCCUCCCCAACAGACAGCCACCCCUGCUGAGUCCCUCCAAGUGGACCUCCUGCCUGUUUUGGCUGCAGCACAGGAAACAGCAGCUGCUGCUGCUGUGGUUGCUGCUGCCACUGCUUCUGCACCAGCUGCCUCCACAGUAGAUACAGCUGCCUUGAAACAGCAGCAACCUUCUGCCUCUGAAGGUGGGAGUGGGCAGGUAGUACCAUCCACUCAAACCACACAAGCCCCUACCCCACAGGCAGCUCCUGCCACCCCACAGGCAGCUGAGGCCCAGAAGAAACAGAAGAGUAAAGGGCCCUACAUCUGCUCCCUAUGUGCUAAAGAAUUCAAGAAUGGCUACAACCUGCGGCGCCAUGAAGCUAUACAUACAGGAGCAAAAGCUUCUCGCGCUGGACCCACAACCAUGAAGAUGCCCACUAUGGUUCCCCUCAGCUUGCUUAGUGUCUCUGCCAUCGGUGGUACAGCCCCAGCAACACCUGCCCCUGCUGAGGGUGCUGGAAACACAGCAGGGUCAGGUGCAGGCCUAGUGACCACUACAGCAUCAGGCAAACGUAUCCGGAAGAAUCAUGCUUGUGAGAUGUGUGGGAAAGCCUUCCGGGAUGUCUACCAUCUCAAUCGGCAUAAGUUGUCGCAUUCAGAUGAGAAGCCCUACCAAUGUCCUGUCUGCCAGCAACGGUUCAAGCGGAAGGACCGCAUGAGCUAUCAUGUCCGUUCACAUGAUGGUGCUGUGCACAAGCCGUACAUCUGCAGCCACUGUGGGAAGAGUUUCUCUCGGCCGGACCAUUUGAACAGCCAUGUACGACAAGUCCACUCAACAGAGAGACCCUUCAAAUGUGAGACUUGUGAAGCAGCUUUUGCCACUAAGGAUCGACUACGUGCUCACACAGUCCGUCAUGAGGAAAAGGUGCCAUGUCAUGUGUGUGGAAAGAUGCUGAGUGCUGCCUAUAUAACGGACCACAUGAAAGUACACAGCCAAGGGCCGAAUCACGUCUGUGAACUGUGCAACAAAGGUACGGGUGAGGUCUGCCCCCUCGCUGCAGCCGUCUCGGCUCCACCUCCUGCCGCCGUCACGGUGCUGCCCAUGGAGGGAGCUUCGGUUGUGAGCCAAGCCCUCCCCACACAGCCCUGGUGAUUUCUGGGAGUGGGGAGACAGAAGCCAACCCGCCCAGUCCCGUCCCUCUCCCUCACUGGCAGCUGGAGCCUUCAAGCCCAGAUGGAUAUUCAGUGGCCAUAUAUGGGUUUCUAAUGUAAUGGCAGUUUCAUUCAUUCUCUUCCCCUGCCUGUGCUCAUAAAAUAGUGGAGCUGGGAAAGCAUCUGCUCAGCCAAUGAGGCAGCUCUUGUUCAGAGGGCCAUGAAAAGACUUUGUGCAUUUUAAGAGCACCCUCAUUUUAUUGACUCCCUCCCUCCAUUACUAUUAACUUGUGGCCCUCAGAAUAGUCCUGGAAAUACAUUCGUUUCUGUAGCCCAUGGUCUAAGCCAAAUAGCGAUAAUCUGUAUCACAAUCAAUCUCUUGCUUAUUCCAGCAGUGCCCCCUCUUGCCCCCAAAUCAACUACACGACAGGAGUGAGACAGUGAGACAGCAUGACUUAGUAAGCUCAGCCCACAGACCGAGGGGGAUUGAAGACUGGAAUAGUUGUGGACAUAGUAUGAGCAACACUGUAGGAGAGGGAGGGCAGAGUUAGGAAUAAUGGGUCGUUGGUUGAGGGGUUGGCAAAACUUGGGGAACCUACAGAGAAGUUAGAAGGGGGUGCAGGUUGGGAUUCAGGGGCAUUGUGGGCGCCUGGUGCUCAUGGCUGGGGUUGCGAGGGCUGCAGUGAGAUGAGAUGGAGAAGGGCUGCAUUUCUCCAUGGCUUCAGUGUGGAGUGUUCUCCAUUUCCAUGCUGAGAAUCUGCUCCAGAUUCCCCUCCUUGCCCGAGCGCCUCAUUCUUCCAUGGUGUCUGUUUAAUGCUCCAUUUCUUCAGCUUCUCUUGUGAUUCGUGUUCCAAGCGCAUCAGCCCUUCGCACCAAGCAUUGAUGCCCCACCUGCUGAACACCUCCCUUGUUGCAUGCAACCCCCACAGUUUGGGGUUAGAGUCUCCCGCUUUUUUGUAUUAUAUAUAUAUUAAAAAGAAAUCCCCUGACAUUUAAAAUAACCCUCCUUUGUGUUUUUUGUUUUUUUGUUAACACAAAUGUAAUGAAGCUGUGUCCAUCUAUAUCCGCUCUCCCUGUUCCUUCUCUCGUAAGCCCCUCCCCCCCAUCCUUUCCUCUUCCGUGCACCCUUUCUGGAUCUGUGUCUCAGCAGCAAAAGAUUUUAGUAAAACAAUUGAAGGGAAAAAUCCA